CUUAUAUUAAUCCAGGCUCUAAAAGUUCAGUUCCGCAGUUCAUGUUUACGAUGACAUAAUACGCGGAAUCCAUAAUAAAGCGGGGUUGAUUUACUUAAUGAAUCUUAAUGUGAACAUAUAUCAUAAGUAUAUUAGAAACUAAAGGGGAAAAAACAAAAAAAAAAAAAAGAGGGAAGAUCCAGUCGUACAUUUAUACUAGCUUGGACCCGAAGGCUCCGUCCACGUUCCGUGUCAUCAAAUAGUCACAAGCACACCCCGCAAUCCACUCCAUAGUCCCUCAGUAUCCUUUUCCUCUUCUACAUAUCUCCUCAAAAUCCUCUCUUCAUAUCCCGACUCGAAUUCCGAUCCUCGAUCGGCCAUUGAUACUAAUAUUCAAGUUUUCGGUGCACCAGAGGAGAGACUGCAGGCGUAUGGAUCCUUUUAGCGUACCACUGCAAUCCAUUGGGAACCAGAUGCUGAGCUGCCAGUUUGCGGGCAUCGACCGGAGGUGGAAGCUUGGGGGCAGUGGUAACGAGGAGUCGCCGAGCUGUCCCCGUUGCGCAUCCCCCAACACGAAGUUCUGCUACUACAAUAACUACAGCCUGACCCAGCCCCGGUACUUCUGCAAGUCAUGCCGACGGUACUGGACCAAAGGCGGCUCCCUAAGGAACGUUCCUGUUGGGGGUGGGUGUCGAAAGAGCCGCCGGAGCAGGGCAGCCAGGGCAGCGAGGGCCAACCCCUUCCCAGCUGCCCAUCCGAAUAGCAACAACCGUUCUGCUGCUAGCACUAGUAGUGAUGAUGUUGAUCAUGACGAGCAGGAUCGGGUCCAUGAUAUCGAUAUGGCGGCGGUCUUCGCCAAGUUCUUGAAUCAGGACUCCAGCCCCAACUCGGAGAUUGAUCAGUUGAACUGUGCCGACCAAGAAUCCCCGAGUGACGAGGUCGACCCCUCAUUUGCUCUGCCGAUCAAUGUCAUCGAUCCACUGAUGUUUCUGUCUCAGGACACUGCCGGCCAAGGGAAACAACAGAUCCAAGGAGACGGAGAAGUGCAAGAAUUCAUGGCCGGAAAUGACCUUGACCUUCUCGGGUUAACACCAAGCAUGCUAGCCGAAGGUGAUCUUGACGGGUCCAUGCUAGCAGCCGGAGGUGGUUUAUGGAUCGAUCCCGAGUCGUUGUCCUUCCCGAAUUCGACAUGGCAGCACGAGACAUUGUCAUCAUCAUCAGCUGAUCACGAUUGGAAGAUCGGCUCUUCAAGUACCAAUCUGAUGAUGAUGACGGGGGAUAACUGGAACUCGACGUUUGACUUUCCAGGUUUUGAGGUUCUCUAGAGACCUUAACUAAUGAGCACCAGAUUUAAUUAAUGACGUCCCCCAACCAAUUUUUUUUUUCUUCUCAGUUUAUUUAUUUAGAUAAGUAAUAUAAACCAAUUUAUACACACAAUAGAGUUGAAAUGUAUGAUUUCUUUACGAAAGAUCGAUCAUAUGGCAUGUAUGAAAGAACAUCUUACUUACGAGAAUCUCAGUAAUAACAUUUAUGGGAAAAGUAUUCUGGUUCAA